UUAGAUUCUUUCCUACAAAGACAUUAGACAUAAAACAAUCACCACCAAAAGACUUGCUUUUACAAGCUUCUUUCAUACAUUUACAGACUUUGGGGUUUCAUAGAUAGUCUGCAAUGGAUCCAUCCACCUGGGAAGAGCAGCAACACAGUGACAAUGAUGAGCAAAGUCAGGUGCAACAAGUUAAGGAAAACAUGUUUUCUGUUGAUGAAAUAAUAGAAAAAUAUGUUGGGGGUUUUGGACCAGCUCAGUUGUUUCAAGUGGCAAUCGUUGCCCUGGGUGUGGCAUUUGAUGCUCAGAGCACUUUUGUCACCAUUUUUACUGAUGCCCAACCUUCAUGGCGCUGCACUAAUGGCAGCCAAUUAACAGAAACGGAAAAAUGCACUGCACAGUCAUCAAUAUGUGAGAUGGAUCCAACACUGUGGGAGUGGGAAAGAGGGAAAGAGGUGUCUGUCAUCUCACAGUGGAACCUUGUUUGUGCCAACACCAUCAAAGCAGGCUUUCCUUCUCUGUUUUUCUUUAUGGGAUCUCUAAUAGGUUGCAUAAUAGUAGGACCCUUAGCAGAUUCCUGGCUUGGCCGUAAAAGGACUCUGAUGCUUUCCACUGUGUCCCUUUCAUUGAUGGGUUUUUUAACUGCUUGUGCCCCCAACAUUUGGAUCUAUUCUCUCCUCCGAGCUCUCACCGGCUUCGGCAGAGCCUCCUUGGGAACUUACUGUCUAGUCCUCUCUACUGAGAUCGCUGGUCGCCAAUGGAGAAGUUUCAUUAGUUUUUUCGUUUUUCUGUUCUUCACCUUUGGAUUCCUUUCACUUCCAGCCCUCGCUUACCUCACAAGAAAUUCUUUUUCUUGGAGAAGCACCUACAUCUACAUCUCCAUACUUCCUCUGGCCUACUCUUUGCUGCUCCUCCCUUUCGUUUGGGAGUCGCCCAGGUGGCUACUUCUCAGGGGAAAUUCCAAAGAGGCCUUAAAAUGCCUAAGAAAAAUGGCAGAAAUGAAUGGAGGAGUAUUGCCAGAAAAUGUAGAGAUAGAAGUCUGUAUUGCAGAGAGCCAAACAGAGUCUUCUUUAUCACUGUUGUGGACUACUAAAUGGGCUCGCAGAACGCUCAUGUCAACAAUGGCGGUGGGCUCUGGAAUGGGGCUAAUCUAUUAUGGAAUGCCCUUUGGAGUUGCAAGUCUGGACUUCAAUUUCUAUCUGAGUGUCGCAUUUAACGCUCUCUCUGACAUUCCAGCCGCCAUUUUCUCCACUAUUAUUCUUGCUAAGGCUGGGCGAAGAAGGGCAAUUCUCCUGUUAACACUACUGAGUGGCAUGCUCUGUUUUCUCUGUGUGUUCUUUUCAAUGGGUAUAUCAGAUAUUCCCAAUUCAACUGCAAACAGAAAGAAUUGGGCACAGAUAAUUUCUGAGGUAGGAGCAUUUUUGAGUGGAGGGACAGCGUACAAUGUGUUGCUGAUGUAUUGCUUGGAACUGUUUCCAUCUAGUGUUCGAAACUCAGCAAUGUCACUGCUAAGAGAGGCCAUCUAUGUAGGGGCGAUUGUGAGUCCAGUAGUUGUUGUGAUAGGCCACAGCAACACAGCUCUUUCGUUCGGUCUAUUUGGCAUUGGAAUACUUAUAAGCGGUUUGUUUGUGUUGGGCCUUCCUGAAACCAAGGAUCGGCCUCUGUAUGACACUCUGGAAAAUCAAGAUUUUCAAGAGACUCUUCUUUCUAAAACAGAAUUGGGAUCACCAUUGCUUACAUAGAUGUUCUUUAGAAAUAAAAGAAAGAAAGAUUACUGUGUAAACUACGAUAUCCAUCAAUUUGUAGUAAUGUGGGAUUACCCUCAAUUUAUAGAAGAAGGUACCUAAUUUAUUUGAUCUUGUAGUAAGCAUCAUGAAAGUAUUAUAUUUGAAGAACAAUCAAAUCUUAUUAUUGAGCUCAAAUGUAUGUGUCAUGCAAUGGACAUUGCAAUGUUCAUUAUAAUUCUACUAUUAGAAUAUAAGGAUUUGUUAAAUCUA